ACCAGCAAAGUUGCUAUUGAUACCACUGGAGCCAAGAAGGAGUGCCUGGGCAGGAGAAGUGGAGUGUCUGUGUACGGGGUGGAGAGCAAAAGAGACUGAAGACCCUUUCCCAAUCCUUCACAGGACAAGGGCUGCUGAGGCUGGAGCAAACCUGACUCUGCAGGCAGACUUCUGCCUUAAACUCAGUGGCUCCUGGCAAGUAAAAUUACAGGAUUUUUUUCAAAUUGGAAUACAGAUUAGUUUUACCUACGAUUUAAAGAACUCCAGUGCUUGGCCAGAUCUGCAAAACCCUGAGAGCAUGAAGGGAGAAGAGAUGUCAAAGCCUACAAGAGGCAAGGACCAAAUGACCGAGGCCCACUACUCCGGGGCAUCCAGACACCGGAUACGCUCUGGACCCUUCAACAAAGGCACCUGGUUUGGCCGUGUGUGGAGUUGGGACAGCAUGAAGCUGACAAGAACCGAACCUGUGGUAACAACAGUGUUGGAAAGCCACCUGUCUGAAAGUUCACUUCCUGAUGUGAACAUGGAAACAAGGAUAAGCUUGAUGAAAAGAAGCUUUGAAGUAUGUUUGAACCAGACUUCAGUGGCUCAGUACGCACUGCACUACCUGCUCCCGUUCUCCCAGGCUGAAGCACAGACCUCCUGUGUGGAGCUGCCAGGCCAAAGCCUUUUUUCCCAGGACCCGGAGGAGGCAGAACGAGGAUGCAAGGUAUUGGAAAGAAAGGCUUUUGUCUUCAGAGACUGGACAGCAGAGACUGGACAGCAGAGAACUGGAAAGCAUCACUUUUAUGGGAAGAGGCCCCACGUGGUUGGGCACUCCUUGCCUUGGGUGCCCAGGGCAGUUUUCUCUGGGCACAGCAGGGUCUGUUGGUCACACUGUGAGGCAUGGCAAUUAAACCUUGUGUGCCAAUUGGCCAGUACUUGCAAGGAAGUCUGAUAGGACAGGGUUACCAUGCAGCUGGAAGCCAGAGGGGGCAAAAGGCCACUUGCUGCCAGCCACAGGUGAACCAUCAGAGUAACCUGCACCUCCCGACCUGUGGCUGGCAGCUGGAAAGCUGCAACUGUUUUUCUGUUCCGUGGGUGAGGUUUUCACUAUGGUUUAAGUUCAUCUGAUAGGUGAGACGUGUUUCCUUUAGUUAGGUUGAACAGACAGCAUGGCAUCUUGGCUACAUUUGUCAAGGGUGUUUUUAAGUUUGUGUGCACAGGUUUUGCCCAAGGAGCCACUUUUUACUCACACUCUCCCUUUGCUAAGUGAUAGCAACCAAACCAUGCAGCAUCCAAACUCCUAAGCUUUGAGAUAAAAGAGAUUUUCUGAGGAAGGGAGCUUACAGUCUAAUUAGUUGAUGGUGUUUCUCCUCACACAGUUUGUACUUCUGGAUUGAAGGCUGAGGCAAUUUAAGCACUGGCUUUCACCACAAUGAGCACCCAGAGCUCAGCUAAACUCAGGCAAAGCCCAAGCUUCCCAGGCACAGAUUGUAUGCCCUGUACACACCAGCCACUAUAAUGAUAGAGACCUUAAAACUGAUGUUGUUAUUGCUGAUCCCAGCUGGAGAAAUGUUGGUGUCAGGAAUAAGUUCAUGUUUAAAGAGAUUUUUUCUCUAAUCCUGGUAUGUUUCAAAAUCCUGGAUGAGGUUUAGUUAAAUCCAUGAAGGGAAAAAGGAUGAAAUUCUAACCUCGGUAUCCACAAAAUUCCUGAACCAAACUGGACACCAGAGGAUCAUUAAUGAUCUUGUCUCGAUCUCACAGACAGGCCAACACACACACACGCAGUCUGCGUGUCACAGGGAGGGGUCGCACCCGGGGAAGCUGGGUGACACAUCGGUGUGCCAGGGAUGUCUGUGGCAGGAUACCAGUAAGCUCCUGCCACUGCAGUUAGUGCCACUGCUGCCCAGCCUGCCUUCCUCUUGUUUUUAUUAUUAGCUAAACGCAAGUGUUUGUUCAUCUCCUGUGCCAAGCCCAUUGGGAUUGGGAAUGGGGGGGUCACGGGGCUGCUGUGUGGGGCAGCCUGGGUUCCCUGCCUCCUUACUGGCAGCAAUGCACAAAUUCAUGAUUAAUUACCACUCAGAAUUCUACUAUCAACGGUCUCAACUGAAUUACUGCGCAAGGACAAGAGGCCCAAAAAGGAGUGUUUCUGGUUUUGUGACACCAAUGUCCUUCAGGAAAUUCUGGUUCAAAGGGCACUGUUGGCAGUGGAGGUGUGGGGGGAGGAAGCCACGUGCUGCGGUGCUCCUGGUGCUUUGCCAUGCUCUUUAUCUUUCCCAGUUAACUUCUGGAGUGCUCUUGCUACAGCAGCACCAGUUCAAUAGCUGUGAGUGGAAAGUCAGCAGCCCUGAUGCAACAGCACAGCAGCAUACUUCCAUUAGAUUUUUCCAAAAGGACUCUUCAGGCUUCUGCAGAACGUAUUUGUGACUUCUUGUAUGUAAACUGGUCUCUUCCAAUACACUGAGUUGUGCUCUUAAAAAAUAUCCUAUUUAGCCCGACAGCAAUGAAGCUGAAGGCUACAGAUUUGCUUUAACUAACUGGUUAAUGAAUUUUUCACCACUACUUUGUUUCACACAUUGUCAAAACAAGAAGCUUGUGCUUCAGAGGGAGGUUGGGUCAUCUUAUGUAGACAUUUUCAAUGCUAAUUUUAAAAUUUAUUGAGAAUAUUUGUAAAUUUGUCUGUUUUGAAAGUAUCCAAUUGUGCUUAGUUUAUUUAUUUAUUUAUUUUAAUUUUUCAGAAUUCUGCUGAUUAGACUCAACUUUUUGAAGUCGUUUCAUUUCUAUCUGGGUUCAGUGUGUGGUGUGUGUGGUCAGGCUGCUCAGUUUUCCAUGUGCUUUCUGGUUUCAGGGCACGCACCACAGACCCUAUAUAAUUUAGCUCAGUUUAGGACAGAUGAUCCCAGCUUGUGUGAGAAAUAAAUUUAUCUUACAUAAUGUAUAUCUCAAUGGCCAGUAGGAUGGUCGGUAAAAACAUCAGACCUGUGGCAUGUGUGAAUUCUGUUCUCAGACUGGCCUUGGUCUGCAAGUACAGUCAGAAUCUGCACUCGAGUGCUGUACAAACAGAAACUCCUCUUCAUGUAGACAGCUUCCCUGGCUGAAAAUAUUAAUAUCCUUCUCCCUUGCUGGGAAUAUUGCAGUAGUCUUACUGAGAAACCAAGGACAGGAAAGUUCUGGUGCAAAUUCUACUAAGCAGUUUUCCAGGGUGGUAUUUUUAGACAACAUUGUCUCUUGCAUUCAUUGUGCUCUGCCAAAGACGUGACACUAUGGAGAGCAUUAGAAGGUAAUAUUUGUGUUAACAGGAUUCAAAUACACUCUGGUUUUUAGUCUGAUUUGCACCCACAUUUAAUUGUUGCAAGAUUUUUUU